AUGGGGCAGGAGUUUGAGAUGGGGCUGGUUUUACUCUGGGGCAUUUUGCUGGGCCAGGGGGCUUUUGCUGAUCCGCAGAGAUCUGCAUGGUGGCAGCCGGAGACCUUGGAUCGGGUCCCCCUGCCCCCUUCCUCCUUUUCCCAGGCUGGUCCUGCCACGCCCCACGCGGUGAAGGUUUCGUGCGAGCCCCACCGCUUGGUGGUGGCAGUGCACCGAGACCUCUUUGGGGUGGGCAGGCUGGUGGCCCCCGCAGACCUGACGCUGGGGGUGGCCUCGUGCCCCCCUGUGUCCUUCGACGCUGCCACGAACGUGGUCCUCUUCGAGGCUGGUCUGCAUCAAUGUGGCAUCGCGGUGGAGAUGACUCCAGAGCUGCUGGUCUACCGAACGCGUCUGUUCCACAAGCCGUCUCCUUCCGCCAAUCCCGUCAUCACCAGGACCAACGCUGCGGAGAUACCCAUUGAGUGUCACUACCCCAGGAAAGGCAACGUCUCCAGCCAGGCCAUCCAGCCCACCUGGGCUCCCUUCAGGUCCACAGUGUCAGCCGAAGCGAGGCUUGGGUUCUCGUUGCAGCUCAUGAACGGUGACUGGAGCGGAGAGCGGCCGUCUUCUCGCUUUCAGCUGGGUGAGAUCCUGCACCUGCAAGCCCAAGUCGAGGCGAAGAACCACCUGCCCUUGAGGCUCUUUGUGGACAGCUGCAUCGCCAGCCCUGAAGCCACUCUGGGGUCUACGUAUGCCAUUGUCGAUUCCAACGGGUGCCUGGUGGAUGGGAGGCAAGAGCAUGUCUCCUCCGCGUUCCUUGCUCCCCGAGUCUCUGAGACAACGCUCCGGUUCACGGUGGACGCGUUUCGGUUUGCCGGGGACUCCAGGAAUACGCUGUAUGUGACUUGCCACCUCAAAGUAACGCGAGCCGACCAAAUGCCAGAUGUCCGGAACAAGGCUUGCUCCUUCGACGUUGCCAGCAGCACCUGGCUUCCUGUCGAGGGACCUCGGGGUAUCUGCGGCUGCUGCGAGGAGAGGAACUGUGACCGGGUCCAGGGAGAGCUGCCCCACACCUUCCGCCCCAGACCCCGGCCCCUGGAGAUGAGCUGGCAACGCAGCCUGCCAGCCGAGUUGACCGCACCCCAGGCCCACCUGACGCUGGGACCCCUCUUCGUUUUCGACUCCCCGGAGAGUUUUGCAAACUUCCCAGGAGAUCCGGCCGGCUCUUGGAAGAUGGCGGUGGAAGUAUCAGAAGAUCGGCUGUAG